AUGUUCUAUGGUUCGCGAUGGACAAAUAAAAGAGUUUUAGGAAUGAAAAAUGUUUAUGAUGAUGACCAGAUGUCACCAGUUGAUGAUGAAGAAAUUCUACAUGUAGAAAGGGGCGAUUAUUUCCAUCCAAGUACUAAUAAGGAUGUUAUAAGAUUACAAAUGCAACAUUUUCUUUUUAGAUACAUCUGGGAAGGAAAUUAUUCGUCACCGAUCCAUGAUAAAUUUAUUGAUGGAGGUGUUAGAGUGUUGGAUAUUCAAUGUGGUUCCGGAAUCUUCAUUACAGAUUUAGCUACUGAGUAUCCGACAUCAACCUUUAUUGGUAUUGAUGAUGAUGAAGCUCGUGCUCGUAUACAAAUCGAAUUGCCAAAUGCUGAAUUCAUUCAUCACAAUGAUAUGUUAGAAGGGUUACCAUUCCCAGAUGAUACUUUUGAUUUAGUGAGCCAAAGACUUUUCACGACA